AUGAAAUUAUCAGAAAAACAAUAUGAUAUCGAUUCAUCAAAAAUCAACAAUGCUAACAAUAUAAUAGAUAUAAUUACUGACAAAAAGAUAUUCAAAAACCAAAACGAGAAAAUAAAAAAGAAAAUCCAAUAUCAACCAUCUGUAUCCCUUUUACCCAUUACUAUUGAUUCUUUAUCAAUAGAUACAAAACAUAUUCAUGAUGCUUUUGAUACAAAAAUUGAAAAAAAUGAAAUAAAAAUGAUAUUUAAAAAAAAAAACAUAAUAACGGAACUUAUAAUGACAGAAGAAAGUUAUAGAGAUGACCUCUUUGUUAUAGAAAAGAUAUAUAAAAAAAAAGCAUUAGAGUAUUCCAUAUUGUCUCCUCAAGAUAUAAAAAUAGUUUUUUGUAACAUUUACGACAUAUGGCAAUUUACUGAUAAAUUUAGUAAACUCUUAAGAGCUGCAGGAAGACAUAUCUUAGAAAUUAACUUAGAGUCAGAUAUAAAUAUAGAUACAGUGGAAACAUUAUAUAGUAAAUUAUCUAACACAUGGAUUGGUAAAGCUUUUAGUGAAAUGAUUCCACAAAUCGAAAAAAUUUAUUCAAUAUAUUGUAUAAACCAUAGUGCAAGUUCAGAAAAACUUCAAGAACUAGAACAAAAUACUAAUAUUCAAAAAUGGCUUUGGGAAUGCAAAGAAAUUAGUAAAAAACAAACAAAUGCAUGGGAUUUAGCGAGUCUUUUAAUAAAACCUGUUCAGAGAAUUCUUAAGUAUCCACUACUUCUAAUACAAAUUUUAAAUACAACAUCAGCAAAUCAUCCUGAUAUUAUAUUAUUAAAUCACGCCAAUAAAGAAAUAACUCUUGUGAUAGAUAGAAUAAAUGAAAUAAAAAGAUGUAAAGAUAUGGUAAAACAAGUAAUUUCUGGAAAAUCAGAUAAUGAUAUAUGCCAUAUAAUAACCAAAGGCAUUUCUCGAAGAACCAAAAAACUUAAACAAACUGUUGGAUUAACUGAAAAUUAUCAUGAUAUCUUUUAUGAAACAUUAUUUCAAAAUUUCCAACAACAACAGAUUCAAAUUCUAACAUUUAAAAAAAAAAUCAAAAAUUGGCUACGAGAAGUAACGAACUAUCAUUCCCAACAAAAUAAUCUUGUUUUUUCAUAUAAUCUUUGUAUAGCAUGUGAAAGAUCAUCAUAUAAUGAAACACAUACAAAAUGGAAAGAAUAUAAAAUAAUUAUUAACGAAGCAUGUAAAGAUGGACUUAAUGAAUUGGAAAGAAAUAUAACAUAUUUCGUGUUUAAACCACUAAAACUACUAAAAAACUUAUAUAAAAUUCCUAAUUGUAUAAUAAAAAAAAGAAAUACUAAAAUACUAGAUUAUAUUCAUGUGAAAGCUCAAAGAGAAAAAGGAAUAUUACCAAGUAAUAUGCUAGUUCAAUCGGCAGAAAUAUAUAAUGUUAUCAAUACACAAUUAAAAAAGGAAUUGCCUGAAUUUUUAUACUAUACAUCUGAAUUAUUUAGCGAAAUAAUCAUCAGAUUCUCGUAUUGUCAACAACAAUGGUAUAAAUUCUGGAUGUUAAAGCUCACGAAAUGUUUACCAGAUCAUUAUGAUCCAUCAAUUAAUUUCAAUGAUUUUCCUAAUAGUUUUAUGAAAAAAAAGUUAGCUAUCGACGCACAAUAUUCCAAAUUCAAUAUCUUAAAAACAUCACGGAUUGCAUGUUCUCUUUCUUCAAAUAUAUCUAACUUGCAAAAUAUUAACUUAUCGUCUUUAAAAGGAAAAGCCAUUAUCAUUUCAAGAAAAUAUGUCAAAUAUUAA